UCCGGAUUUUGCUCUGACGCCGAGGACGCAGGAAACCGGCGGAUUUGCAAAGUGACGGCUCAUCGCCGCCUGCCUCACGUCCGAGGAACAAACACCUCCGUCCGAUGGAUGUAAGGAAGGGAGAGAGCAGCGUUUCGGACAUGGGCUCCUGCCGUCCUCUCUCCCACUGAUGGAAGGGGAGCUGGGAGACACCUCCUCCUCGACGUUAAGGCUGGAGGUGCCGCGGAUUUAAACCCCGGAGUCUUCAUCAGUGCCCCCGAGUCUACAUGUUUGCAAGUGUUAUGGACGUGGAUGUGUUUAAGGGGAGGUCGAGCUGGUUUGAGCUGGAGGACAUGCGAUGGUCACGAUGCGUCCUGAUGGCAGAAGCGGUUACUACUUUCUGCUGGCCGCGCUUUGCUUCUUCGCCGCUUCUCUCUCCCGGUCGGUGGAGGAGUCGUCGCCCUUCUUCGCCUGGCUUCUAAGCAGACUCGUCUUCUACUCGGCGCUGUCCCUGAGCAGCCUGCUGUUGGGCACCUUCCUGGUGCUGGCGAAGCAAAGCAACACCAAGGCGCCACGUUUCCCCAGGGAGGAGAGACCUCUCGGCGUGUCCCCCUUGUUGCGACAGCUCACGGGCCGCCUGUCAGGCAUUUCAUCUGAACCUGUGCCUACACGAAGAGUAGUUCUUUCACACAAUAUGGAUAAAGCAUUGAAAGAAGUGUUCGACUACAGCUACAGGGACUACAUCCUUUCCUGGUAUGCAAAGGUCAGUCGUGAUGAAGGGCACCUGCACCAGAUGCUGUCGGAGGACUAUUGGGAGCUGGCAAAGCAGCUGCGUGUUCGACUGAGCAACAUUGACAUCGUGAAGGUUGUCUGCAACGAUGUUGUACGCACCGUCCUCCUUCACUUCUGUGACCUCAAGGCAGCAAACUCAAGGCAAGAGGUGCAGCAACCGAAACCCUUCCCCCUGCACCCGUGCUUGAAGAGCAGCAUGGACGAGGACCAGUUCCUGCAGAUGUGCUCACGUGUCCUGGUGCUUUGCCUCUUAACGUCAAAAGACAUCUCCUCUCGCAGCCUGCGGAUUGUCCUUGCUGAAAUAUUAGCCAUGAAAGUACUAAAACCGAUGGUGGAACUGCUGAGUGACCCUGACUACAUUAACCGAAUGCUGCUGACCCAGAUGGAACGCAGGGAGCAGGUGAAUGAGCAUCACAAGAAGGCCUACACUUACGCCCCUUCCUACGAGGAGUUCAUCAAGCUCAUCAACGGCAGCUGCGACGUGGAGUUCUUAAAGCAGCUGAGAUAUCAAAUUGUCGUUGAAAUAAUUCAAGCAACUACAAUCAGCAGUCUACCACAGAUGAAGAAACCAAAAGACAGCAAAGGGAAAGAGUCUGCGGCCAUGAAGGCGGACCUGCUGCGAGCCCGCAACAUGAAGAGAUACAUCAACCAGCUGACCGUGGCCAAGAAGCAGAGCGAGAAGCGGCUGAAGCUGCUCGGUGGCCCUGUGUACGGACAGCAGGAAGAUGGAGGCUGCGACGAGACCGACGCACCUUCCAGUCAAAAGAUUCUACAACUUGAUGAGAUCUUGUCCAACCCAUCCUACAGGGAACACUUCCGUGCCUACAUGGAAAGGAUGGAUAAACGGGAUCUCGUCAGCUUCUGGGAGUCCGUUGAAUACUUGAAAAUUGCAAACAAGACAGAAAUACCUCAACUCGUCGGUGAAAUCUACCAGAAUUAUUUUGUGGAAAGUCGGGAAAUCCCCGUGGAGAAGGCACUUUAUAAGGAAAUCCAACAGAGCCUCGUCGGCAACAAAGGAACAGAUGUCUUCAACAAGAUUCAGAGCCAUGUUUAUGAGACUCUUCAAGACCGGUAUUACCCAUCUUUUCUUGUAAGUGACUUGUACGAAAGACUUGUGAGGAAAGAAGAGGAAAAGAGCACUUUACAGACCAACCUGGAGAACCGGGGCGAUGCGCAGGUGUGUGAGAGCGGAGAGGACAUCCUGGAUGAAGGCAGCAAUGGCAUCAAUGAGCAGGCCAGCUAUGCGGUGAUCAAACUGCGGCAGCUGAACGAGAAGCUCGAGUACAAGAGGCAGGCGCUGGGCUCCAUCCUGAAUUCACCAAAACCCGACAGAAAGAUUGUAACCAAGCUGAAGGAUGAAUUAGGCACAAUGAACGGUGAGUGUUCAAUUGUGGAAGAAAAUGGUGAACAAAUGUCCUGCUAUUCAAUCAUGGUGCAGCUGAAUCCACCUGACCCCGAAAACAACGGCUGGAUGGUGGGGCGAAAGCUGAGCGAGUUCCACACACUGCACAGGAAGCUCUGUGAGUGUUUUCCGAUGUUAAAGAAGGCACAGCUACCAUCUAUCAGUAAAUUGCCUUUUAAGUCCAUUGAUCAGAAGUUCUUAGACAAGUCGAAAACUCAGCUCAAUAUUUUUUUACAGAAACUCCUGACAGAUGAGAAGCUCUGCCAGAGCGAGGCCCUCUACGGCUUUCUCAGCCCUUCCCCAGAAUACCUGAAAGUUGUUGAUGUCCAGGGCAAGAAGUCAGCCUUCUCUUUGUCAUCCUUUCUUGAGAGGCUUCCUGGAGAUUUCUUCUCUCAUCAAGAGGAGGAAACUGAGGAGGACAGUGAUCUAUCGGACUACGGAGAUGAGGUUGACUGCAAAAAAGACUCGCUUGCCGAACCUUGUUUUAUGCUCAUUGCGGAGAUCUUUGAGCUCAGGGGAAUGUUCAAAUGGGUCAGGAAGACACUUAUUGCUCUGGUACAAGUUACUUUUGGAAGGACAAUCAAUAAGCAAAUUCGCGACACUAUCAACUGGAUGGUGAGUGAGCAGAUGCUGGUUUGCUACAUCAACGUCUUUCGAGAUGCCUUCUGGCCAAAUGGUAAAUUGGCGCCCACUACAGCUCCACGGACUGAGCAGCAGCGGUUGGAGACGAAGCACAAAGCCCAGCAGAAACUACUCGAUAACAUUCCAGAUGCGUUGCAGAACCUGGUGGGCCAGCAGAACGCACGUCACGGCAUCACAAAGGUCUUCAGUGCUCUCCAGGAGACCAGCGCCAACAAGCACCUGCUCUACACGCUGAUGGAGUUGUUGCUGAUCGAGUUAUGCCCUGAACUGCGAAUUCGUUUGGAUGAGCUGAAAGUCUGCCCAAAUCUAUCCAGCACUUUGUGAAGGUGUAAAAGAAUUAUCAAAAGGGGACCCCUGUUUUUCUUCUUAAAAAAUUGAAAUGCAAACUGCGGACUUAUUUUCCCCCAGAGGUGACAGUGCUGGGAUAUAUUGCUGUUUGUUGUUUCUCCACACGCCACAGAUGUAGCACUACGUGAAUGGAUUUGUUUCCAAAUUACUGAAUCAAUGCAUAAGGCUAUUUUUUCUUCCCCCUUUUCGAGCUGAACCCCGGUAGUUUUCUUUCUGAAGUUGAGAUGCCAGUAAUUAAUGUUGUGGGAAACUGAAUAAAUAUUUUUUAAGACGA